UUUAGGUUGCUCGAAUUCAAAGCGCCCUUUCCCCUGGGAUGAUGCCACACCGGUUACAUUUGAAACAUGUAGAAAACAGUUGCUUACUUUAUGUCUAUUUAAAGCACACAGUAACACUGCUCCAUCACAUGAAAAAGACAAAAGUAAAUCUAGGCAUCUCUGUGUAAUUGAGUGAUUUAUGGUGCAUUUUCUGCCCUCUAGUGGUCAUAUUAUACUUUGCUUCAAUAUGGACUUCUCCUUCUAUUUUAAUUGCUGCUUUAUGCAUACUUUGUUUAAAACAUCCCAUAUUGACAACAUUUGGUUAGCUGGUUAGCAUACGUGGAAAUGCCGGAAACUGAGCCGCACACACCAGAAAAGUUUGAUAUGCUUUUCUUCUCUGUUUACGAAAGCUCUGCCUUACAAGACCUCCUCAGGGGAACUAUGCCAUGUCAUCACAAGUAGCCAAUGAGAACAUGAUAUAGCCACUUACGUGCUGGCUAAGUGGACCAAUGAGUCGCUACUGGAAACGGUUGCUAGGAAACGUGUUUUGUCCAUGUUGCCGAGGCGAAUGGAAGAUUAAAGCUGCUAGCAGGAAUGCUAUUUCAUUUAUUAACAGAAGCUUAACAUAUUUCUCACGAGGUUUCGAAUGUACGCCGUAUAAUGGUGAAGUUGAGGGCAAGAUGUCUUCUUCUCGGGGAUGCUGCAGUGGGGAAAAGUUGUCUUUCUCACAUCUUCUACAAUGAUGGAUCUCUGUUCCAGAAGAACUACAGCUUGACAACGGGAGUGGAGCUGGUGAUGAAAUGUAUCAACAUUCCAGAGACCAACGACUCUGUGGAGCUCUAUAUCUUAGACUCGGCGGGGAAGGAGACGCUAGUGGAGGGCUGCGAGAAAAUGUGGGGGGAGCCAUCUUUGCUGUGUCUGGUGUUCGAUUUGACCAAUGAGCAGUCUUUUGCUAACUGCACAUGUUGGAUGGAAAGAGUCCAAGCACACUGCAAAGGCCUCCAUGUGCCAGGUGUUCUGGUGGGCAACAAGUCUGAUCUGUCAGCUAGAAGGGAAGUACAAGCGUCCGUGGCCAAGGAGUGGGCCCAAAGCAAGGGACUGGAGUACCACGAGACAUCAGCUAAAGAGAUGGACAACUGUGACGCCCCGCUCCUCAGCUUAGCACAGUCUUUCUACUCUCUCUACCAGGAGCAGCGUGAGCUCAUGCAGAACCUCGGGCCGGGCUAGACUCCUCUUCCUUCACCACAGAGCUUACAGCCGUUUGAUACGAACCACUGUGAAGGAAUUGCUUUAGGAAAAUAGGAUUUUCUGACAAGGACACUGAAAGGCUUUCUGAUUAUUUUUGGUUUAAAUAAAGGACUAAAUAAGGAG